UCAAAGGUUAGGAGCACCGGCUGCUCUUCCAGAGGACCCUGGUACGAUUCCCAGCACCCACAUGGUCUUUCACAACUGUCUGUAACUUCAGUUCUAGGGGAUCCUACACCCUCACAGACAUACAUGCAGGCAAAACACCAAUGCACAUAAAAAAAUUAAAAAGAACCAUUAGGAAAAGGAAAAAAAGUUUUAACAGAUAUUUAAACAGAAUAGGCUAAAAAGAAUUAGUAGGAAGUGUGGGCAAUUGGCAAAGGAGUCCCAGUAUUACCAUGGGCUAAGGGGAUCGGUUGCUUGUCAGCAGAAAUACGAUAGGCUCGUUGGGGGCUUUCGGGAGAUGGGCAAUAUUCUUGGGGUUCUGCUGGCUGGUGCUGAGGGUCUGGCCAGGAUACGCUUCUGGGAAAAAGUUCCAGCUGUGACGUUGUGCCUGGAUGUAGGAAGGCACCAAGACUGACGAUUGAACAGAUGGCCAAACCAUUGUCAUAAGUUGGCCUUUGCGGAUGAGUAAGUGAAUACGGCUCUCCCAGCCUCCUAACUUCUUCCUUCACCCCAGCAGUCUAAGGUCAGCUCAGCUUCUCAGCACGGCCUCCGGGUUCGCCUGCGUCAGUGGAGGCCCUGCGAGCCACUCCUGUAGGGGGUGCCGUGGAGACGUGGUUGCCGCCAAGCGUGCGUGUGCGUCAUCGGGCAGGGGGCGGGGCCUCCAGAACCCGGAAGCUGGGGACCCACGUGGGAGUCUGGGAGGCGACUGUCUUGGCUCGAGAGUCAGGUUGUGGGCAGUGGGACGAAGUGUGGGAGGCCAACAGUUCCUCGCCAGCUGUCUGUCAGUGGCGUCCUGGGCGCCGCUGGAGCAAUGCGACUCCUCCGGACGAUCGGGUGCUUCGAUCGCCUGAUUGCCGGCCAUUUCUCCUCGGUGGCUCGGCGCGGGGAGCGGCCUGGCGGGGAGGAGCUGAGUCGCUUGCUUCUAGAUGACCUGGCGCCGACCCAGCGGCUGGAACGACUGUUUGGCCUGUCACCAUGCCUCCUGGCCUUGCGGGCCGCUCGCCGGCGCGUGGCCCGGCUCCUGCUCCAGGCCGGUAAGGCUGGGGUACAGGGGGAGCGGGCCGAGCUGCUCCGGGUGGCCGAGGCUCGGGGCAUCCCUGUCUUGAGGCCCAGGCGUCAGAAACUGGAUGCCUUGUGCGGCUACCAGGUGCACCAGGGCGUGUGCAUGGAGGUGAGCCCGCUGCGACCCCGGCCUUGCGACGAGGCGGCAGACACGAGCUCAGGCGACGACCCUCAGCAGCUAUGGCUCGUCCUUGAGGGUCUCCAGGAUCCCCGCAAUUUUGGGGCUGUGAUGCGCUCCGCUCACUUCCUCGGAGUAGACAGGGUCAUCACCAGCCGGAGAAACAGCUGUCCGCUUACUCCAGUAGUCAGCAAGGCCAGCGCUGGGGCUAUGGAGGUGAUGGACGUGUUCGCUACUCCUGACCUGCCCGGUUUUUUGCAGGCCAAGGCCCAGCACGGGUGGCUCGUGGUAGGCACGGUGGGUUGCUCAGGUCCUGAGAUCUCCCAGUCCUCCAAGGUCCCCAUCACUAGCUGCCUAGAGUUCGUCUGGGACCGACCUACUCUCCUGGUGCUGGGCAGUGAGGGCUCCGGUCUGUCCCAGGAGGUUUUUGCCUCCUGCCAGCUGCUCCUUACUAUUCUGCCCAGACGCCCCCUGCCUCCCGGGCUUGAGUCCUUGAAUGUAUCCGUGGCUACAGGAAUUCUUCUACACUCCAUUUGCAGUCAGAAGAAGGGCUUCCCUGUACAGGAGAGAGGACCACUUCUCCAAGACUCCUGAGAACUCUUAGCUACAUCUGAGGGACUCAGAGAGGCCCAGUACCCAGGACUACCAUUGUGGUCAGAAAAACAGGUCAAAUGUGGGCUGACUGUCUGAGAUGCACUUGUGUAGGAAUCGGAUUGAGUCACGCAUCCAUCCUCAGGCUUGGAUGUGACGGGCCCUCUACUUGUUUACUGGCUACAGUCAGGAGACUUGAGAGACCAAAUGAAGUCUCAUAUCCAGUUGGAAAUGGUAGUUUGCUAAUUUCCAGGACGGGUUAGGACAGACAGUAUCUGUCCUGGAUCCUGCUACAAGUCGGGGGGAGGGGAGGCUGUCUUGGCAUGUGGAGGAACCAGGCAGUCCAGUGCAGGGUGUGUGGAAUGUGGGGGUGAGUUAGUAAAGGGAAGCUGAGUGGACAGGUAUAUAUACACCUCUCAGGGUGAUGGGGAGAAGAGGCCAGAUCACAUCCGGAGCCCUUAGCAGCUGAGCUGUCAUGCCCAGUUUCUCCAUUAGGUGGCAGUAUUGCUCUUUGCACCAUAGUUUUGCAGCCCCUUACAGGGAGAGCCCUCUCUGGGAGGGGGUGGGGAUGGGGCAUUAGAGAUAGGGAAAAGAGCCAACAGCUUCCACACACUGGCCGGUCCAGCCCAGCGGAGGGGACCUAUGGUCCCAGGCCCUUGUUGCCUUUUUGAGUCUGAGAGGCUAUGAAGUCAGGAUUACUUUUGUGCAGCCCUACGGGCUCCCCUCCUCCAGGGUCCCACAAGUGGUGGUCUCACCCUGGGCUACACGUGGGAAUACUUAACAAGCUUUAAAGCAGCAAGGCCAGCCCAGCAGCUGCUGUGUGCCGCUGGGAAGGGCGGAAACAUCCUGGGCAGUGCCUUUUGGUUUUCUUUUGAGACGGGGCUUUAAUGUUCUAUGUACCUAUGGUGUCCUAAAACUUGCUGUUUAGAUGAGGAUUACCUUGAACUUUUGAUCCUCUUACCCCACUAUGCCCAAUUUAUAUGUUGCUGGGGCUAGGUCCCAGAGCUUUGUGCAAGCUGGGAUUCACUCUGAGAUUCACAGAGCUACAGCUGAACCCCAGGCUGGAUAACUCUGUGCUGCAGGAACUGUCUGGAGCAUUGUAAGACGUAGCCACCCAAAACUGUCUCCACACACGGCUGGAUAUUUCUGACCGACAGCCCUGAGGGUGGGAUGGGAGGACAGCAACCCUGGAAUUGUAAUCCUGUAUGCUGUGAGAGUUGGGAUGAGUUGCCUCCAUGCCUUCUUUAUAUCCUUGGAAGCUGUAUGUAGUAGGUGCUCAAUAAAUAAAUGAACCCUCCCUUCCUCUUUAA